GCCGCCUCUUUCUUCCCAUUGACCUUUUGUUACAAGUAUCGUCCAAUAUGGGUGUCGAUCAAAGGGCUGGAGAUAUCGAGCUUUCGACUGUGGUGGAGCGAACAGAGGAUGAUCAAUCUCAGGAUCUGGAAGUCUCAAACAUUUUCGGUAGAGCCGAAGACGGCGAGGUUUUCUCGCUUCCUCCGGCUGAUGGUGGAAAAGACGCAUGGCUGUUUUUGAUCUCAUGCGUUAUUUUCGAAGCCGUCUCUUGGGGCUUCCCUUUCAGCUUUGGUGUUUUCCAGGCCUACUAUGCACAGCAUUUUGAGGGCAAUGAAUCUAGCGUCGCAGCCAUCGGAACCACUGCAACAGGUCUGCUGUAUGUUUCGGCUCCUUUCUGGUUCGUCCUCAACAAGAUGAAUCCAAGAUGGCGUAGACCAAGUGUCUUUGUCGGCUUUGUCGUGAUGAUCGCCUCACUCAUCGGUGCAUCUUUCGCAAACUCGGUCAGCCAGCUCAUCGCAACACAAGGUGUCAUGUAUGCCAUCGGAGCCUCCAUGCACUAUUACCCUCUCUUCAUAUACUUGGACGAAUGGUUUGUGCAAAGACGUAACUUCGCUUUCGGAUGCAUCUGCGCAGCUUGCGGCGCUGGAGGUGUCGUGAUACCCUUUGCUCUUGACUGGGUCCUGAGGACGUAUGGCUUCCGUACUGCAUUGAGAGUAUGGGCGAUUGUUGCCGUCGUGCUCACCACGCCAGCACUCUUCUUCAUGAAGCCAAGACUUCCUGUACGACACCACACCAACGUCGGACCACAGCGAGUUGAGAUGGGAUACUUGAAGAGCCGAACUUUCUGGAUCUUGCAGUGUGCCAGUAUUGUUCAGGGACUAGGCUUCUUCUUGCCAAGUGUCUACUUGUCGUCUUUUGCUCAGUCAGUUGGCUUCACUGCUGUGGAUGGCACACUGGCAAUUGCUCUCAUCAACGGCGCUCAGAUCGUUGGAGCUAUGUUCAUCGGAUACCUAGGUGACAGAUGCCAUGUCACGACAGGCAUUCUCGUCUGUAGUAUUGGCAGCGUCGUCGCCGUGUUUGUUUUCUGGACCUUCGCCACGAUCAAGCCGAUGCUGUUCAUCUUCGCCUUCCUUUACGGUGUCUAUGCAGGAGGAUACUCGACAACCUGGUCCGGCGUGGCAAAGACAGUACGCGAAAAUGGCUAUCCAGGAGCAGAGACUGGAAUGAUCAUCUCACUAUUCAGCUGCGGCAAGGGAAUCGGUGCUGUGGUCUCAGGACCUUUGAGUGAAGCUCUUGUCAAAUCAGACAGCUGGAAGUCAAAGGCGCCCUUUGCCUUCGGGACUGGCUAUGGUUCGCUGCUUGUGAUGACUGGUGUAACUGCUUUCGUUGGCGGAUCUGCUUGGUACGCGAAACAGUUCAAGUUGAUCCAUUGAAGCCCGUUGUGUAUGUAGCAUAAAAGCUUUGUCGCUUCGUAUUAGACCUUAACAUCUUCGUAAUACGAUGAGCCAUGUUUUCUUCAGUCAAAACAAUCUUGGAAUACGAAGAUCUGGUGAUUGUGAAAGGAUCCAAACGACAAGUAAACGCUUCUUGAACGAACAUCGCCUGCACCAAAUGUUGUCCGGUGUACACAUACACGCCAUAUCUGCAAUUCACCUUAUCCCCGGAUGUAGAAU